AUGAUGAUGGAGAGAUGCUCGUCGGAGUCAAAUGAUGACAAUUGUGAAAGCAGAGUAAUGAAUACUUUGCCGAAAGCAGUGGAUGGAGUGAUUGCAAAGCUUGAGAACUUGAAAAUGGAGUCAUAUGAAGUGAACUCUAGAGGCGUGGAAAUUUUCACAAAAAGUUGGCUUCCAAAAACCUGCUCCCCCAAAGCAAUUAUUUAUUACUGUCAUGGUUACGGAGAUACUUGCACAUUCUUGGCUGAAGGAAUUGCUAGGAAGUUAGUAUUUUCUGGAUAUGGAGUUUUUGCGAUGGAUUAUCCAGGAUUUGGUCUUUCAGAAGGUCUUCAUGGAUAUAUUCCAAGCUUUGAUAUCCUGGUUGAUGAUGUCAUUGAGCAGUACUCAAAAACCAAAGGUAUAGUACCUAAUGAUUUGCUUUUCUUUGCUACUAUAUUGGGAUUUCUUUGUGGGAACUCUAUAGCUGCUUUGGAGGCACCAAGGAUUUUGAAUCUAAACAACAAUAAAUAUUUCUCUGGACCUUAUGGGGAGGAUGUUGUCUUCAUUGCCAAUGAUUGGCACACUGCUCUUCUUCCAUGUUAUCUGAAGACCAAGUACAAACCUAUGGGGAUCUACAAGAAUGCCAGAGUUGUUUUCUGCAUCCAUAACAUUGCCUACCAAGGGAGAUUUCCUUUUGCAGACUUCUCUCUUCUCAAUCUUCCGGAACAAUUUAAGGGCUCUUUUGAUUUUAUUGAUGGGUAUGACAAGCCUGCCAAGGGAAGGAAAAUUAACUGGAUGAAGGGUGGAAUAUUAGAAUCAGACAGGGUCGUAACAGUGAGCCCAUACUAUGCCCAGGAACUUGUUUCUGGUAUAGAUAAGGGUGUGGAAUUGGAUAACAUCAUUCGUAAGACCGGUAUAACUGGUAUUGUCAAUGGCAUGGAUGUCCAGGAGUGGAAUCCAUCUACAGAUAAAUACAUUGAUGUCAAAUAUAAUGCCACAACUGUCAUGGCUGCAAAGCGUCUUUUGAAGGAAGCACUUCAAGCAGAAGUUGGGUUGCCUGUGGACGCAAACAUCCCCUUGAUCGGAUUCAUUGGUAGACUAGAAGAGCAGAAAGGCUCGGAUAUCCUAGCGGCUGCCAUUCCUAAAUUCAUUAGAGAGAAUGUUCAGAUUGUAGUUCUUGGCACUGGCAAGAAAUACAUGGAGAAGCAGCUAGAACAGCUCGAGAUAAUAUAUCCCGACAAGGCCAGAAGAGUGGCAAAAUUCAACGUACCCUUGGCCCACAUGAUUAUUGCUGGGUCUGAUUUUAUGUUGCUCCCUAGUAGAUUUGAACCUUGUGGUCUCAUUCAGUUGCAUGCCAUGCAAUAUGGAUCGGUAAACCCUGUUUUCCCCCCUGUUUGGCUGCUGCUUUUAAAACUUAAUGAAUCAUGCACAAUUACUUGCUUAAAUUGCUGCAACAAUUGCUGGUGA